GAAAUACUAUAUUGAUCAAUUAUUACAAGAAACCAAUGUGCUAUUACCCAAACACUAACUUGCAUUCUCUCCACCUCUGCAAACAAUGAGUUUGUACUUUGAAGGACACGAGCAUCACGUAUCAAUCAUUAAACAUCGUGAUGGUUUGGAAUGCGAUGCUUGCGAUCGGUCGUUUGGGGAUGUCAUCUCAUGCGGUGAAUGCAAGUUUACUGUUCACAGGAAAUGUGUAUUUAUGUUCGACAUACAAGAGAUAUUCGACCACCCUUCUCAUGAUGGACAUUGUCUCAAGCUUCUCACGACAGGAGCUCCUGAUGACACCGACCAAAAAUGUCAUCUCUGCGGUAAAAAGACCAAGCGCCUUCUUUAUCAUUGCUCUGAUUGUAAACUCAAUGUGGAUAUUGAUUGCAUAAUUGAUUACAUAUGUGCUCGAUCCCCUCUGAAAUUGCCAUGGCACGACCACCCUCUAAUCAAGGUUGAUCUCGGAGCUAAUAUGCCUUGCGACUUUUGUAAUGAAAGUGGCAUAGACUAUUGUUGCCCUCGUUGCAGGUUCAUGAUUCAUGAGAGAUGUGCCUCUGUAUUUGACUCACCAGAGAUUACUCACCCUUCUCAUGUCAGACACCCUCUUAAGCUUCGCAGCAAUGGAGCUCCAGAUUACACAAACUUAAAUUGUCAUAUAUGUGGAGAUGCCACUGGGAACUUACUAUAUCAUUGUGAUAUUUGUAAGUUCAACUUGAAUAUGCGUUGUGCGAUUCGAGAACCCACACCAGUUGCUCUUUCAAAUAUGAAGGUCCAUGAGCAUACACUCACACUCAUGCCAAGAUUGAUCUCCUUUGUUUGUGAUGCUUGUGGGAUGAAAGGCGACCGUGCUCCCUAUGUAUGUGUUCAAUGCGAUUUCAUGAUCUUCCAUCAAGAGUGUGCUAAAUUACCUCGUGUCAUUCAUGUCAACCACCAUGACCACCGCGUUUCGUACAAGUAUCCUCUUGGUCCCGGAGAAUGGAGAUGUGGAGUUUGUUGGGAAGAAAUUGAUUGGUCAUAUGGGGCUUAUUCAUGCUCUCUUUGUCCUAAUUAUGCUAUGCAUUCACUGUGUGCAACAAGGAAAGAUGUAUGGGAUGGAAGAGAGCUUGAUGGAGUACUUGAAGAAAUUGAAGAUAUUGAGCCAUUUAAGAGGAAUGAUGAUAACACCAUCACUCAUUUCACUCAUGAACAUAACUUGAGCAAAGAUGGUAUUACUUUGAAGAAGAGCAUCUUGUGUGUAGCAUGUGUUUGUCCCAUCGGUACCGACACAUUCUACAACUGUUCAGAAUCAUCUUGCAGUUUCGUUCUCCACGAAACGUGUGCUAAUAUUUCAAAGAAGAAACGACAUUUUCUGAGCCCAGUACCUCUCGUUCUUUGCCUCCAAAACCAACGCAACACAGAAACUUGCAAUGCUUGUCAACAAGUUUUUUGCAAAGGAUUUAUCUACUCUUCAUUUCCAAAAACUGUAUAUCGGGAAAAGUUCUAUGACUUACAAUGCAGUUCGAUUACUGUUCCUUUUUUCCAUGGAAGUCAUGAUCAUCAUUUACUCUUCCUUAAACUUGGACGCGGUAAUGUGAAGACUUGCGAGUGUUGCGGCAUCGUCCAAAAAGAGUAUGCUAUAGGUUGUACCAAAUGCAAUUACUUUUUGGAUUUUCGUUGUGCCACUCUACCAUUAACGGUAAGGCUUCCAAGGUAUGAUGAUCAUCCACUCACUCUUUGUUAUGGUGAUGAAAAAGCAAGCGGAAAAUGUUGGUGUGAUAUUUGCGAAAGAGAAACAAAUCCAAAGAGUUGGUUCUACACUUGUAAAGAUUGCGGGGUUACUUUUCAUAUAUUUUGUGUAGUUUGGGAUAUCAGAUUCUCCAAACAAGGAGAAACAAUCAGAGACGGUGUUGAAUUGCUGCCAAACAAUACAUCUUCACGGCCACUUUGCAAGAAUUGUCAAUGCCGUUGCCUAGGUCCCUUCUUUGUUAAGGAUUAUGACAACAUAUGCUAUUGUUCUUACUACUGUUAUGCACGGCUUCAUUCUCUGAGGUACAUUUGGAGUAAAUUCAGAUGCCCUCCAUGGAUAUCAGAACCCAGUACUUGAAGAUGUGGCAAUGGUCGAGUUUGAAUUUUCAUCUAUUCGAUUAUUAUUUUUGGAUUUUCUUUGUUGUUGUUGUUGUGAGCUGGAAUAGAUUGUUAAUGUAAUAAUUUUGCUAUAUUAAAUUUGUUUGCAUGUGUGAUAAUUGAUGUAGCUAGCGAUAAUUUUCCCAUUUGUUUUCCUAAACUUAUGUUCCAC